AUGGACUUCCUUCCCACUCCCGCGAGGGACGUUCCCAAGAUGACCUACCAGUGUCUGGCCGUCAUCACCGUCGGUGGCGCCGCUCAGCCUCGCCGUGGCUCGCAGGGCUCCAACCACUCGGACGAAGGCGGCGGCCUCGCUCGCGUCAUCUCUGGCGGUCGCCGCAAGUCGGCCUCUGGACCCGGCAUUGUCGGCGGCAAGAACGUCGAGGGCGCCGCCGGCGAGGGCACGUGGUUCUGGCGCGCACGCAUUGGUGUCACCGACGACGCGCUCCUCAUCCUCCCCUUGUCCGAGCCCGCCAACCCGCUCCUCAAGGCCCGCCCCCCGCCUCUCUCGCACAUUCUCUCGCCCAACGGCACCAAGAAGGCUGCAGCGUCGGGAGAGGAAGGCCUGGGCGCCAAGUUUAAGAACGCCAUGCGCCGCGCGUCGGCUGGCUUUAUUCACAAGCCUGAGGCUCCCGUGGCUCCACACGACGGCGGCAUCCCCGAGAACGCCGUCGAAGACACCCCGGCGUCGCCUCCCGCUGCUGCUGCUGCUGCUGCUGGCGGCGGUGCCGAGCCCGAGGUGAGCCACAACGAGGCGACCCAGGACGUCGACCACACGGCCCGCGAGACAGGCUGGCCGGCCGAGGUCGAGGGCCACCCGCUCCAGUGCAUCACCGUCCCGCUCCACAACCUCGCCAAGGACUCGAUCCACCUGGGCGGAAACGACAAGACCUCGUUCCACGUCUCGGCGUCCAUCGGUUCGGCCAUUGCCGGCAAGGCGGGCCACCUCCGCUUCGAGUUUGACAAGGACUGGGUCGGUGGCAAGGGCGAGUCUGAGCUCCUCUACGACCGUCUCUCGACCGCCGUCGCCAAGGCCGCACCCCUCUUCAAGACCGUCCAGCUCGGCGGCAUCAGCGGCGGUGCCGGAGGCGCGACCACCAACGCCAACCCCAAGAACCAAGGCCACGACGCCGACUACGACCCCAACUGGCAGGGCAAGAGUCACCCCACGGAUCACCAAGGCCCCCUCCUCCACCGUAUCCCCCAAGAAUGUCGUAAAGACCACCUCCCCCCGUCCAACUUUCCACCUUUGUUCCCACGCCCCCCUUCCAAGCCCCCAGAGACAAGACGAGAAACCCAGAAUUCAGAAGACGGAAGACGCAAACGAGCUUGUAGUGAUCGACAAGAGGGCGCGCCUCUUGGUCGAUAUAAUGAUGCACUGUGUCGAAGAAAGAGAGAGAGAGACGGCCAGAGGCCAGAGGCCAGAGGGCUAUUCACACAGACGCAUUCGGUCGCUACGACGUUUUGUUAUAUCCACUAA